UUGGAGGUUUUGCGUAUCGGGCAAGGAUGCAUCGACUUUUUGCUGAGCUGGAGGCCAUCUGUAACAGUCACCGAGCAAAACCUGGCAGACCGAGUUCGGUAUAUCUUGCGCUCAAAUACAUUUGAUGUCACCGAACUCGAACGGCUACGACGUGAGGCUGUUCCUUCAUCGGAUAAAAAUGCUACGGCUGAGGAUGCGGCGCCACAACUUGCACAGCAACCGGCAAGCGUGUAUGUCGCCGUGAAUACCCCAGUUUUGGUUGAUUCAAACGAUGAUGGAACAGUCGCCCAGGAACUGGAACUGGAGCAAAUGGGGAGUACAUUGGAUGAGGCGAUUUUGGGAACGCGCAGUACGCCUCUCGAAAAUUGA